CUUCCAAUUGGACUCGUUUCACUUUCUCUCUCUUCUCUCAAGAAUUGGAAAAGCCACCAUUGGAGGAGCAUUUGUCUUCCUUGUUCAACGUUUCUGUUCUUAUAAUACGUUUUUAAGGAAAACAAACAAAAAAAAUCAUUUCUUUCUUCCUCUCCAAGUAAGAAUCUCCGAUGGUUUCCAACCUUUUUGGGCAUAUCAUACUCUUUCUCUUCCUCACCGGAGCAUUAGGAGUCGCCGGCAGAGCUUAUACCCAAAAAUCAAACAUCUCCCAUCUCGCCGGAAUCCAAAUUCCAGAUAAUAUCAGUUUCAAUGCCGUCUCUACUUCAGCCAAUUCAGGCUGUGGCCUAGCAGAAUCGAAGCAACCCAACUCCGAAUCUAGUCUAGAUGAAGAAGAUGAUGAUGGGUUUCCUUCAAAUCCCCAAGCUCCGGCAGUGAAACUCCAGAUGAACCGCCGCCGGCAGAACCCAGAAAUGAAAGACUCUGUUUUUGAGUCAACAUCUAGAGACAUAGUCAGAAUUCAGAGACUACAUAGAAGGAUAACGGAGAAGAAGAAUCAGAAUGCUUUGUCAAGACAACAGACUAAAUCAACUUCUCCGACGAAACCCUCACCGGAAUCCUCUCCCUUACCGUUUUCAGGUCAUCUGAUGGCUACACUUGAGUCAGGUGUAAGUCUCGGCUCCGGCGAAUACUUCAUGGAUGUAUUCAUAGGUACACCUCCAAAACAUUUCUCAUUAAUUCUCGAUACCGGAAGUGAUCUCAAUUGGAUUCAAUGUGUUCCUUGUUACGAUUGUUUUGAACAAAAUGGACCUCAUUAUAAUCCAACUGAAUCAUCAUCAUUCAAGAACAUACCUUGUAAUGACAACCGAUGUAAUCUUGUUUCAUCUCCGGAUCCACCUCAACCAUGUAAAACAGAGAAUCAAACAUGUCCUUAUUACUAUUGGUAUGGAGAUAGUUCAAACACAACCGGUGAUUUCACACUUGAAACCUUCACUGUAAAUCUCACAAACCCAAAUGGUGAAUACGAAUUCACAACCAUCGAUAACAUCAUGUUUGGUUGCGGGCAUUGGAACAGAGGACUUUUCCAUGGAGCUUCUGGUUUAUUAGGGCUUGGAAAUGGACCAUUAUCAUUCUCAUCUCAAUUACAAUCUCUUUAUGGUCAUUCAUUUUCUUACUGCUUAGUUGACAGAAACAGUAACUCAAGUGUUAGUAGCAAACUGAUAUUUGGAGAAGAUAAAGAUCUUUUGAAACACCCACAAUUGAAUUUCACAACUUUAUUGUCGGGGAAAGAAAACCCAGUUGAAACAUUCUACUAUGUGGAGAUCAAAUCGGUUAUGGUCGGAGGGGAAGAGUUGAAUAUACCAGAGGAAACAUGGAAAUUGUCUAAAGGUGGUGGGGGAGGGACAAUCAUCGAUUCAGGUACAACAUUGAGUUAUUUUGCAGAUCCUGGUUAUAAAGUUAUAAAGGAAGCAUUUGUAAACAAGACAAGAGGUUCUUAUUAUCCUUUGACAAAUGAUUUUCCAAUAUUGGAACCUUGUUAUAAUGUAUCUGGAAUUAAGGAACCUGUGUUUCCAAGUUUUGGAUUGGUUUUUAGCGACGGAGCGAUUUGGAAUUUUCCAGUUGAGAACUAUUUCAUUAGGAUUGAACCGGAGGGGGAUAUUGUUUGUUUGGCGAUUCUGGGAACGCCGCGUUUGGGUAUGUCGAUAAUUGGUAACUACCAACAGCAGAAUUUUCAUAUGUUGUAUGAUACUAAGAAUUCUAGGUUGGGAUUUGCGCCGACAAAAUGUGCCGACGCUUAAUACGGAUUUACCGACGCUUAAUACGAAUUGGUAUUAUUAAUUAUUAUUAUUAUAGGAGUUUUAUUUAUUUUUCUUUCUUUUUGGACUGUGGUCCGGUUACCGUUUAGGAUAUCGAAAUUAUAUACACAUAUAAACAUUACCACUAUUAUGAAAACUUAAUUUUGUUGUUGUUUCGAGGCUUUUCUUGAA